AUGUCCAACGGGAAAUAUAUUUUUCAUGGAACCAUCAUUGAUACACCUGAUCCAUCGACAUUACGAAUUAGAAAACAACACAUUUGUACUGUGAAUAAGGGCAAAAUCGAAAUCAUCGAACCUGCUGAUUCUCUCAAUACUGUUGAUCUAUAUCGAGAUUAUACGAUUAUUCAUUUAAGUGAGAGUCAAUUUAUCUGUCCGGGAUUUGUUGAUUUACAUUGCCACGCUCCACAAUAUCGACAAGUGGGAAGCGCCACUGAAGUACCUCUUCUUCAAUGGCUCGACAAAUUCACUUUCCCGAAUGAAGCUAGAUGUGCCGAUCUUUCCUACGCGCGCAAUCUCUACACAAAACUUGUCUCGAGGCUAUUACGUAAUGGAACGACGACAGUGCAAUACUUUGCCACGAUACAUCUUGAAGCAACGAAAACUCUAGCAGAUAUCUGUCAAGAAAAAGGACAACGAGCUUACAUUGGUAAAGUGUGUGCAGAUCGAAAUUCACCAGAUUUCUACAUUGAAACAACGGAGGAAAGUGUUCGGUAUACAGAAGAAUUCAUUAAUUAUGUGCAUCGUAUGGAAAAAGGUAGAGAUAUCGCUGAGAUGAAGGCUCUGAUACAUCCUGUUGUUACACCUCGAUUUGUACCAACAUGUUCACUAGAUUUACUCGCUCAACUGGGACAACUAGCGAACAAAUAUGAUGUCCAUAUACAAUCACACAUCGCGGAGACAGCAGAUCAGGUUGCAUUCGUACAUGCACUUCAUCCUGAUAUUGGGAAUGGACGAGACGUAGCUAUUUUCAAUCAAACCGGUCUUCUGACAAAUAAAGCAGUUUUCGCUCAUGGAGUCUAUCUAGCUGACGAUGAAGUUGAUCACAUGAUAGCAAGUGGAAGCGCUGUAGCCAGUUGCCCAAUUGCAAAUUUCCUUUUUUCGAAAGGAAUCACGGCCAUUGAACGUUUUCGAAGAAAGGGUUUGAAAGUGGGUCUAGGAACUGAUGUUGGGGGUGGGUAUUCAAGCAACAUGCUUCCGGUCGUACGCGCUGCUGUGUUCGGUAAUAGAACGAUGGAUUUUGUUUCGAUCGAUCGUUCGAUUGCUGCACUUCCAGAAUUUCCUGAACAUAAAGAUCCAGACAUUGAUUUCACAUUCGCUUUCUACUUGGCGACUCUGGGAGGCGCACACGCGUUGAACAUCGAUACACACAUCGGAAGCUUCGAAAUCGGAAAGGAGUUCGAUGCACUACUUGUCGACUGUAACAAGGAUGAUCAGGCAUUCGAUUAUUGGAGUGAAGAUGAAAGUGACAUCAUAUUUGAGAAAUGGGUNCUUCCAGAAUUUCCUGAACAUAAAGAUCCAGACAUUGAUUUCACAUUCGCUUUCUACUUGGCGACUCUGGGAGGCGCACACGCGUUGAACAUCGAUACACACAUCGGAAGCUUCGAAAUCGGAAAGGAGUUCGAUGCACUACUUGUCGACUGUAACAAGGAUGAUCAGGCAUUCGAUUAUUGGAGUGAAGAUGAAAGUGACAUCAUAUUUGAGAAAUGGGUGAAUGCUGGUGAUGACCGAAAUAUCGUUGGAGUGUGGGUGCAGGGACGAAAAGUGUGUUGA